AUGAUCGCGGUUAAUCGAUCGCCAGCCUACGCAGAAGGAAAAUGGAAGACCACUUCCGCAGGACGGCCCGAGGCUCCCUUGCCGUGGGCAGGAAGACGAGCGGGGGAGGAGGACGAGGAGGAGGAGGAGGAGGAGGAGGAGGAGGAGAGGGGCCGAAAGCGCCCGACGCCAUGCAGUCUGGCGCCCUCGCUCGCCGGCCUCUCAUUGGGCACGCCGCCGAGAGGUGCUGCGGGAGCGCACUGGAACGGGGGACGGCGCCUGCCGGAUGUACAAAAGAUUUCGUCGCCCGAAACGGGUGGCCGCCCAGCGACGACGGCUGGCUCGAGAAAAUCGCGGCGCCAGGAUCUCAGGGUUGCGAGAGGCGUACUGCAGCCUCAGCAGCCACAGCUAUGCCAACCACGUCGGCUUCGCGACGAAGCCGGAGGCACCCCUAACCACCCCUGCCAGGGCAGCAACUGGCCAUGGAGCAGGCUUUCGGCCCGAUGGAGGGUGAACAAGGCGCUGGACAUCGCUUCGUUCCGGGCCACUCGUCGACGGCCCUGGGGCCCUGGCAAGGGCCCCUGUUCCCAGCUCGGCGGCGCGCCCCAGGGCGACGACGGCGGUCUGGCUCCCGCGAGGCGGGCCCGCCGGGCCCGCCACCCUGCGGCCUCGAUCCGCCGCGGGUGCCCGACGUGCCGCGCAGGCCUUGGGGCCCAGCGCGCGGGAGGGCCCGCGCGAGAGACCGAAGCGGGGCGAGGGAGAGAUCGCGCACCAGGCGCCGAGGAGGCGAGCAAGAGGGCGAGGACCAAGUCGAGCGGCCUGCACGCCAGCGGGUGCCCGCGCAGUACCUGCCGUGAGGUGCCGCGCAGGGCUCCGACGAGAUGGCGCGGUCGCUGUCCACCGCCACGGCGUGCGCUCCAGAACGCGCCGAUCAAACUCCAGCAUCGGACGCCACUUGGCUAGUCCAGCUAGCUGGGCCGCAGGCACCUGCCGAGCGACAGGGUAUCGGCGUGGCGGGUGACGAGAAGGAGUGGGAGGAGGCAGAGGAGAGAAAAGGAGGGUCAAUACACCCAGCCUGCAGGCCAACACGAGCCGACACAGUGCCUGCCAGCACCUCGCAAGGUUCCAACGAAAUAGUUAUUGGUUCUCCACCGACACGACGUGCGCACCAGAGAGCUCCUGUCCGGAGUCCAGCAAUCCAGUCCUUUUCCGCCUCGACGAGCAAGUCAAGCGGCGAACAUCUCGCCUCCAGGCAACACUCGCACUUAAAAUCCGCAGCCAUCACGCGUCGCUGUUCGGACACUGUCCACGACUGCGUCCGCGGCGUGUGCGUAGUCAGGACUGGUGAGAAGGACCAGGCUUGGCGCGGGAGCAGUCCCUUCGCGUCCCCCUCCCUCCAGAGCCCGCCAUAUGCACCGAGGCCCUAGGUAUAGCCCUCAGCGACAGAGAGCGUGCGAAUCUGAGUCAAUGUCACGUGCAUCACGGAACAAAAAACAGCAUCGGAUGCCACUUGGCUAAUCCAGCUAGCUGGGCCGCCGCCACCUGCGAGCGACAAGGUAUCGGCUUGGCGGGUUACGAGCAUGAGAAGGAAGAGGAAGAGGAAUCUAACGACCAGAGGAAGGCGGGGGAGGGAAAGGGAGGGAACGCCGACGACGAGGAACGCAUCGGCUCAGGUCUGGUGCGGCUGCACCUGCAUCCUGGAUGAAGGCUGUCGUUGCCCACGGUGGGCAUUGCGGCUGCAUCUCGCGUACUGGACAGCCAACACCCGACUGAACCAGUAAGGCAUCUCGCUCCACGAUGCACGUGUCGCGCUGUCCGCCCCCAGACGCUGCAGUCUCUACAGAAGUAAGGGGCACGCAGAACCGACGGUCUGACAGUUCGGUCAGACGGCGGAAAAAGCGACUCCACACGUAAGGCUUAUUAGGAGUCUCGAGAGCCAUCUUAAAGGGAAAGGAGGGACGCAGGAAAGGGAACACUGGAGGCCGGAUGGAGCAGCAAGGAAGAAUAAGAAUAAGAAGAAUAAAAAGAAGAAGAGAGGAGAGAGGAGUAACAGCAGUGCGGCCUGUGCGCCGAUCCUGGACUGCGGCCCAAGAUACGGCGGGAGAGCAAUCUCCAGGACCUGAAGCGGCCCGUCCGAAACAGCACACAGGCGCCAAUCCUGCGUGGGAGAAGUAUGCGGGAGGGGGCGUCCCCCGACCAACACUGUCGCAUGCGAUCUCCUGAUUCGGCGUCCCGG